UUUUUUUUGGCUACAUCUGUUGGCGUCAAGAAACGACUACGACCGACUCUCUAUCUACUCCGACGGAUUCUAUAUCCUCCCCGGGGUGCCGUCAGCGGCAAAAGACACCGCUUUUCUUUUUUCCAUGUUCUCGAGGAAAUAGCCUAGCACAAGAAAGAACACAACUAGAAUAAACGAUACAACCAUGGACGGUUCCGAGCUCCGACACCGAAAACAAGAGGCCCCCGAGACAACCUCCCACGCAGUUCGAAAAGAUGAAGAACCCCGGCUAAAACAUGGCAUCCCCAUGCAGGUCGUCCGGUCGCUGCUCCUGGGAGCCUGGUUCAACUGCUGCUGCUUCGUCAUCUUCGCGACCCAGCUGGUCGGCGCCCCGCUGUACCUGCUCAACAAACGCUGGUAUUACUCGUACAUGGCCUCGACCAAACAAUCCUUUGGACUGGUCAUCACCGCCCUCACCCAGUGGGGGUGUCCGACUUAUGUCCGUGUCAGUGGGGAUCACAGCGUGCGAGGACAAAUCCAGCUGGUCGAUGGACAGCUGAAGACCCAGUUCCCGGAGCGUCUGGUGAUGAUCGCCAACCACCAAGUGUAUACCGACUGGAUCUACCUCUGGUGGGUCGCUUACACGAAUGCGAUGCAUGGCCGCAUCUUUAUCAUCCUCAAGGAAUCCCUCAAGUACAUCCCCAUCGUGGGUCAGGGGAUGAUGUUCUACGGAUUCAUCUUCAUGGCCCGCAAGUGGAUCUCCGACAAGCCCCGGCUCGAGCAUCGCCUGGAGAAGCUGAAAGCGCGCCACUCCGGCUCCAAGUCCGAUUCUCCCGACUACGACCCCAUGUGGCUGCUGAUCUUCCCUGAGGGGACGAACCUGUCGCCCAACACCAAACAGCGGAGUGCCGCUUACGCCCAGAAACAGGGGUACCCGACCCCGGAGCACGUGCUGCUCCCCCGAUCCACCGGUCUCUUCUUUUGUUUGCAGCAAUUACGCGGGACGGUGGACUGGGUGUAUGACUGCACUGUCGCCUACGAAGGCCCACCGAAAGGGAGCCUUCCUGAUAAAUAUUUCACCCUGCGCUCCACCUAUGGCCAGGGGAGACCUCCGACGUCGGUCAACAUGUAUUGGCGACGGUUCGCCGUGUCGGAUAUCCCGCUGGAGGACCAGGCAGAAUUCGAUACCUGGCUGCGGGAGCGAUGGGCCGAGAAGGACCUCUUGAUGGACCAAUACUUUGAAACAGGGCGGUUCCCGACUGAGCUGGCGGGCACCAUCGAGGCCGGAUCCGGGUCCGCGAAGCAAAAGGCCGUCGCGUCCGAUGGAUUCGUCGAGGCCCAUGUGCGACUCGGCCACUGGAGCGAACUCGCUCGGAUUUUCAUGGUGGUGACGAUGGCGGCUUGUCUGUGCAAGUUACCAAAGGUGUUGGCACGGUGAGCCGCCGGGGAAUGACUUUGCGAUCGACCGGUGUAGGUGGUCCAUGAUGGGAUGAGUGCGCGCAGAUGACGAUAAUGAUGGGCAAUGCAACUAGAUAGACAGCUUCCUUCGUUGGAUUGGGUUUGACCGGAUUUUGGAGCCAGUGUUAAUCGAUGAUAGAAUUGGUUAUUGAAUGAUUUUUAG